CUCUUUCUCCUCUGUAUUUGGGAAUACGGCCUGAGCCGUCAAAAUAUUCUUCAGUGAACUGUGAUAAUAGUCGUUCUUCAGCCACUGAAAUACCUUAGCGAGCCGUGCAUGUAUUGUGUUGUUCGCCCGUUAUUUUUCUCACUGGCUACUGCUGUUAGCGUGUCUAUACUCUGCCUCUCUGAUACUCUGUGCAAUAUACUGAUUUUUUUUUUUGUAUUGAUCGUGAGUAAUAUUCUCGGCCGUUUUAGACCUGAUUUAUGCCUCUGGUUAGUGCUAGUGACAUCGGUUCUAUGUUUCUGACGAAUAUACCCACUCACAUGAUGCGGACCAACUUUCUGACCUCUGACGUAUACCCUCGUUGAGUGACAAAUUACUCGUCUACCAUUGGUCCUUCGACUACUGAGAACCAAAAGGAAGUCCACAUAUUUCUACACAUUUGGCCAUUCAGUGUACAUUCUGAGCAAAAAGUGUGUUUCGCUUUCUCCCUAAGCCCCAAAAGUUCUGUUCGACUUUUUUCCCUACUAGCAUGCACCGGGGACUGCCUGGUACGAGGAGAGCAUAUAAAUCUCGACGGACUACUGGCGGCAACCUGUUGAUCGGAUUGCUACAUCUGUAUAUAUCAUUCACAUGCUCUGAACCAUUACACAGGCCUCAAUCCACGUGAUACCACAAAUACAACACGUCAUACAGCUAUCUCGCAAACUUGGUAUUUAAACGACCGGCUGCACACAAACCUAUUCACAUCAAGGCUCUUCGCUUGAGUCGUGUCGACUCGGUGUUAUUCAGCACAACGUUUUAUUUUUUAUUUUCUCCCCUUUUCGCUGGAUUCGCUUCAGGUUUUUAUUUGAGCAAGACUACCAUGGCUUCUAUCUAGACCAAGGACAUUUACCUCACACUAUAGUACACCACAGCAAUUACUCUUGGCUAGAUCAUCUUGCUCUGUUUGCAUUUGAAUUGUGGAUAUUGAAUCCUCCAACAACCAGGGCAGCAGCAAACCAAACACCAAACAUUGAAUAAGUCGGGGUUUAUUCAGAGUUUUCUCAACAAGUGUUUAUACAGUGGAGGGAAGAAGAGUAAAUCUGUAUUCAUCCCCGGAGUUCUGCUCUGUUGACAAUGCUCGACUACUACCGCACUCAGUCCAGUGUUGAACGUGAAAGCUGGACGUUGCAGAGGCUCAAUUCCGCUGGAGGUGAAGACGAGAUGGAUUCAAACAGUACCAGCUCAAUGUCCGACAUCGACAUGAGUGAACAUUCCAGCCCCCUCAGCUCCAACAGCGAUGAUGAUUUGUUUCUCGAUUACCUCUUCUCUCGCGGCAUCGUAGACUCGAUCGGCGACCAGUCGGAGGAGGUUUCGCCAAGUGGUGUCGAUGUGUCUUCGCCAGUGUUUCCGCCUGCUGCGUCACCCAUGCGAGCCGUUACCCUGCGCCCUGCACCGAAUCAGACUCUGGGCAACUUGAACCAAUUUAACGAUGCAAUGAAAAGUAAUGACGCAUUCCUAAUACCGAACCCUGCGGAUCCUUCCGGGAUAGGAAGUCCGUUGCUAGGACAAAGUGAUACCAGUUUAGAUGAGCUGCUAAAGUCGACUAGCAUGGAUGAAUUUGCCGGCUUAUGCAGCAGUAUUCUUAGUGACCUGGACAACGGAUACUUGUUAAAUACCGAAUCAGAAAUCAAUUUGAAUGGAUGUGCGAAUGUUUUGUCAUUGUUGCCCCAGGACCCACUUGCCUCCGAUCACCAGAACAGUUUCCAUAAUAUGGGAUCCUUCAACGGACGCACCACCAGCACCAUUCCUGCCCAACAUCCCGCUCUCAUCCACAACUAUGCGGCAAAUCAGCUUACGGUUACUAAAGUACCUGACAAUCAAACAGAUCCCAGGACUAUUUUUAAUUCAUCAGGGAGCAACAACAGGCUCUUGAUAUCCUCAGAGAACCCUCUUCUCUCGGUUGUGGAAGAACAGACCAACCUUCUUGAUCGCAGCAUCCUUCCACCAUCAGGAGUCCGCAUCACGCAUAUUCCUGUAGGUAAGACAAACGCUAGUGAGAACAAACGCGGGAGUCCCAUGCAGAACUCUUCUUCCGUCUUAACAACGUCGAACUCAUCCACCACCUCACCUACGACUACGACAACGACGACCGUGAAGACAGGACGCGGUGGUGGUGGACGCGGCCGAGGACAUGGCAACAAGAUCGCGGACGAACUCAAGAUUCACAAGUGCACUUAUCCCAACUGCGGCAAGAUGUAUUCCAAGAGCUCUCACCUAAAGGCGCAUCUUCGACGUCAUACAGGAGAAAAACCCUUCAUCUGUACUUGGGAAGGGUGUAAGUGGAGGUUCUCUCGUUCAGACGAACUUGCGCGUCACAAGCGUUCCCAUUCGGGCAUCAAGCCUUAUAAAUGCACUAUUUGUGAGAAGCGUUUUUCACGGUCGGAUCAUCUUUCCAAGCACAUCAAAGUACAUGCAAAUGGAGUUCCAAGAGGGAUGCGUAACAACCAGGCCUUUGUCACUAAUAAGUGAACUUCAUGCAAAACUGUUUUGUUACUCAUAUUAUCCCUUCUACGCAUACAACUCGUGCCUUUUGCAUGAUUUGCGAUGUUUUUCGAUCGCAUUGUUUUUUGCAAAAUCUUGAAAACUAAAACAAAAUGGUAUUUAACGUCGGAAGGAGAUGAAGAAGAAUUUAUCAGGAGAGGAAUUUGUGUGUAAAAUUACAAUCGGUAAGGUACAGAGGUACUGCAACAUUCAUCGACAAAGACAAUCGUUCAAACGACAGGAAGAAGACUAAUCAUUCAUUUUUGUGUUAUUGUGAUGUGUAGUGGCUAUUUGAACAUCACUUACAAACCAACACAUUCUUUUUUUUUUGUAUAUUUAUGUUACAAACCAGCACAUUCUUAAUAUUGAUAUUUGUAUUUUACCGCCGAUAAUCGGCCGGCGUAAGGUUACGUCUUUAAGAGUGGAGCAUAUCCCAUAACAAUACUGUCCUAAUCAGGUUAUCACCAAGCCAUUAUAUAACUAGUGAUCUUAGCAAGUUUACUCUACCUCCCUUCGAUACCGGUACCAGUCGUUUUGUCAAAGACCAACACCAUUUUAACUUAUCAUUCUCGCCAAGGAAUCUCCGAAUUCUGAUAACAAUCGAUCGUAUAUAUCUGAUCAGUGGUAAGAGAGCUUAUCUGUAAAUAGAGGCAAGUUGAUUUAGUUCCACUGAUAUAUGGCAUCCGUUAUCUGCAAUAUGAGACUUGGAAUGGUAAGACAGAGUGUAUUAAAUCACUGCGUUAUCUUUUUAGUACACACGGAAAGCUGCAUGUCAAAUAUUUAGCUGCUUUAAUACCUCGAGGACUUCAUACCCCUCACCUUUAUCAUUCAUAGAGACCAUGAAAGACAGAGUCUCAGAGUUAUCAUUGUACAGAACUCCAUCUUUUUUCUUUUAGCUGAUUUUGCCUUUUACAUGACGAAGCAUUAUUACCUCAAAAUGUCUCAGACAUUUUUAUCGUUUCAUGGAACAUUCGUCAUGGAGUCAGCUGAUAUUUUAUGUAACACGGAAUGUAUUUCAUGAAAAAGACGUUUGUGAAAAUGUGUUCAGUUAAAUCAUACUCUCAAAUAAUUCAUUCGUCUGCUGAUUACCAGAAGGUCGUUAGUUUGUGUCAGUUUACAAAAAGACUUAAAUGCCCUUCUUGUACUUGGCAGACAAGUUUACUGAACGUGAUUAUAAUCGGGUAUUGAACGGUAUGUUUUGAUAUCGUCAUUUGUAUAUAGAGUAAUAAUUCAUUUCUUUUCUACACCUUGCUGUACUAUAUGACAACAUUUUCCAGAACAUGGUGUUUUCAGAGCUUAUCAUGCCUAUCUGCAAAAUUUACCUAUAAUGUUGGCAAUUGCCUCAUCGGCAUCGCCGGCUGAUAUCAUAGCAUUUUCAAGAAGAUUUUGUUUAGUUGAAUUAUUCGUUUUUAUACGAAGUGCCAAAAGCUUACCUUUAUAAAUAUGUAAUUUUAAUCUUCAGAUUUUCAUGUUAAACAAAAUCUGAGAUCAAAACCAAGUACAGUAUUUGCAAACCUCUUAAAUUCACUUGUCACCCUCUUUUUCCGAGGGUGGGGUUAAUGGUUCAAGUUUGGUGCAUAAAAAUACCAAUAUUCCAUAUACUGGUAAAAACUUUUCUUUUUUCAGUAAAGUUAAGUUUUGUUAUCCACUGUCAAAAUAGAAUAUAUUUCUAUUAAACGGCAUUUGCCUUCAGCAAAAGAUGAUCAAAAUGAUACUCUUGAUACCGUAAAACUCGCAACAAAUUAACCUGGUCAGUAGGCAUGAUAAUUUAUGUUCUCUGAAUACGUGUAAGUUGGAAUUUAACCAGGUCUAUUAACGUAAUGCUCACGUUUCAAGCGAAAUAAUUCUCAAAAUGGCGUUAUUGUGCAGUACUUAGUAGUGAUAGGUGCUUAAAGAGAAGUUUGAAUUCUGGGGAGAGGUGAUAAAUACUUUGUGAGCAGUAAGCAUUAUGCAAGUGUGGAAAACA